GUGAAAAUUCUGUCUGGGCUCUUUUUUCUUUUUAUAGAUAUGACAACAUGAGACAAUUCAUAGUAUUUGUGUGUCUAUUGAAUGUGGCUGUGGGCCAUGUCAAGGUUUAAUCUAGAUUUAAAAACUAUAUUAAGAAAUGCAUAUUUGACGAAUUGAGUCGUUUUUUGUAAGACGCGUUCAUCAAGUCUUUUUUUCCCCCGCUUCAUUUUACAAGUAGACAUUUAUGAUUUCAAUGCGAACGUUUAAGUUCAGCUUUUUUUUUCAACAGAUUUGACAAAAUGUUAUACACUUAAUUUUGCAGUCGUGAUUUUCUUUCUAAGUUUGUUUGUUUUUGUUUGUGUGUUUUUAAUGUUAUUCGUUGUUUUUUUUAUGGGGGGGGGGGGGGGUGGUAUUGGUGAAUUAUACAACGCUUUGUACAGAGUGUUGCAUAGUGCUUAAAUUUAAUUGUUUUGAACUAUUUGAAUUUCAGAUUGAUAACCAUGACGUUGGAGACAGUGUAACGCGUGGAAGGGAUCGAUUCGGAGGAGGUGUUCUCAUAAGCCGAGAUGUGAUAGCCCAGAAUCCAGUCGAUAGUAGAUCAAUAAUCGAUGAAAUAAACAAAUUGCUUGUAAAAGCUCCUCAUGGUGUGUUUUUUUUUUGUUAUUCUUGAAUGUACUAAAGGAAAAAAAAAAAUAAUUUUCUGGAUUACACAUUUUUGUAAAAAAAAUAUCUGCAAAGUAUACGUUAACCUAAUAGUAAUUUAAUUCCCGCUACUUAAACGCCCAUGCGUAAAUCUAAACUAUGCAUCUCUCCAAAUGCCAUAUAUUUGCAGUAUUUAACAUAUUUUUAUUGUUAGUAGUUCUAAGAAAUGUUUAAUGUCUGUUUAAUUAAAUAGUUCAUAAUUAAUGACUAAAAAUGUUUAUUUACAUGGUGUUAAAUUUAAAAAUUAAUUAUUAUAAUCGCUAAAUCCCUGCAACUUACAUUAUCUACAUCUCUUUAAAGUAAAACAUAUUAUUAUAUUGUGUUUCUUUAUAAUUGUUUUAGUUUCUAUAAAUGUUUACAUUUUAAAUUUAUUUUUUAAUUAAUUUGAAUGAAGUAAUGGAGUAUCUUAAUUAAAAAUGAAAUAUAAAUUUAAUACCAUUUAUUGAGUGCAAGACAAAAUAUAAUACUAUUAAAAAAAACACAUGUUUAAUUUUAUACGUAAGGUAUUUCGGCAGAUGAAAUGCGUGCAUUCAGUAAAAAAUUGAAACAUCUCUUACAUGCAUGGAUAGAACGGAAGAAAUUGGAAGGUGAGUAAUUAUUAACUAAGAGACAGAUGUGAAAUUUUGUGUAGAAAAUUGUCAUAUAUCUAUAUAUAUAUAUAUUGAUACCAAUGAAUUGCUGGGAUCAAAAACAAAUUUAAAAGACUUUGAAAAACAUAUUUACUCAAUUGAUGUUUUAAAUAUAAAAUAUGAUCUUAAAAACAAAUGUGAAUAUAAUGUAUUUAUUUCUGACUACUGAUAAAGUGAAGUCAUAUGGAUCCGCUGCAGAGGUGCAUAAAUAUUGAAAAUUACUUUUUUGAACUAUUCUCUUAACUAGAAAAUCUAAAUUGAUAAUUCUUAAAGGUAAAUUAACGCUUUAAAUGUAUUUUUCAAAUUGUUUAGUAUUAUUUUGUAGAAUGUUUUCUAUCUACUUUGCAGUAUUGGAUGAAGAGGUGACGAAAUUUAUCAAAGAAAUCACCUCAUCUUUUAGCUCUGUGGCCGCACUAGAUUUACUUAACUCAGGUAUGGCUAUUAAACAACAUUACAUAAAAAUUACAGAGACAUUUCAAUGCAGAGUUCUUUGAAAAAAUGUUAAAAUCAAUUAGUCAUACAAUUUAUUAUUGGCCAAAGGUAAAGAGAAAUCAAAAUAAUAAUCCAUUUCAUUUUUUAUGUAGCUAGGUCUAGUGCAAAUAAUUUUUAACAACAAUAUUUAUCAAGGAUAAUAUAUUUGAGAAAGCGUUCAAAAAGUGUAAAGCAAAUAAAUAUUGAAACUUCCUUGUAAUUCUUUCGUCUCUUUAUCAAAGCAAAAAGUAUCUUGUUCAACUUUUUAUGCUGUAUUAAUUUAGAUUUUUUUUUUAAUAUUAUCUUUUCCAAGGAAAAAUCUUGAAAAAUUGAUUUUUUUACCAAAUAUUUUAUAUCAACUUAGAUUUUGUUCGUUUGUUUCUUGUGAGAGAAUCCUCGGUCGGCUAUUGGCCCCCUUCCCGUCAGAGUAUAGAACUUAAACUUCGUAUAUAGGCUUGCUGCCAAUGACAACAUACUCUAUCAAAUAUUCAGCCUCAUCCUCAAACCUCAAAAUGCAUUACACAACUAAUAUAAAAUUAAAUAUUUUUCAAAAUUGAAAGUAAAAUUGCUUAUUGCAUACGAAACAACGCAUCAUUUGGGUUAUUUAAUAACUCUAUAACUUACAUAACUAGAAUGGUACGGUUGAUGUAAAAAAACAUCCAAGAAGUGAAUGCUUAUACGGAGUUCAUUGCGUUUUAUUGUUUUAAAAAACAUACAUUGUUAGGUUAAUUCACCGCCAAUUCUAUAUGUUGAUUUACAUAAGAUUUGUUUUUUUUUUUGUUAAUUUAAAUGUCGUAUAAACGACGAUAUCAAUAUUAAAAAAAUAUAAAUUUUAAAUUAAUUAAUAAAAUUUUUUUUAUAAUUUAUAAAUGUCAAAUACAUUUCAUUAAAACAGAUGCUUUAGGAGAUGAGGCAUACAGAGUGACGGUUAUUCUUCAAAUGUUGAAGAGAUGCAAAGAGGAAAUUCAAAACGCUUUGGGUAAGAACAUUCAUCAUGCCUUCUAAUCAAUGUUCAAUUGAAUUUGUUUAGAACCGAAAAUCUGUGGUGUAAUAAAAAAUUUAUGUUUUUGCUAAAAUUGAUUUAUUGCAAUUCAAACACGCGCAUAUAUCUUUUAAAAAAAAUUAUUUAUAAUUAUAUAUAUAUAUAUACAUACAUACAUGCAUAUUUAUAUAUAUAUACAUAUAUUUAAUUUAUUUAAAUAUAUUUAUAAGGGUGUGUGUGAGUAUGUGUGAGUUAAAUUAUGUAUUUUUAUAUGUAACAAUAUUAAUUGUAAAAAAAACAAGAAUCGGCAAAAAGGUGGUUGCUCUACAUGUUGGGAAUAAAACCCUUCUACAAUAAGAAAACAUGAUUAUUUUUAAAUUAUUGCAAAUUUAUAGAAAAUACGCCCAUAAAUAAUCAUCUUAAAAAACGCACGAGUCCUUACCCUUGAAAGCCUUAAAUAAACAGUAUUAUUCGUGAAAAUAUUUAAAUAUGGCUUUAUUUUUAGUUCGCAGAACACUAUGCUUUUAAAAAAAAAAUGGACAAUUUAAUUAAUAUAGUUAUCGUUAAUUAGAAAGCUCUGAAUAAUUAAAUGAUUUGUUUAUUUACAAAGUAAGUUCAUUAUGUGUUAGAAUUGUUUAGACAUUAGAUUAUGCUAUUAGUAACAGUUGAUUAUGUUAAAGAGAUGUUUUCAAAUUUAGAAUAUACAAUUCAUAUACAGUUCGUCAUGUAAUAGACAGGGUGGUAAAUUUCAUUAUACACGCCGCGUGCGUUCAGUAAGUCGUGCCCCUUAUGCCACAUCUCCAUACAGCAAAUCUUUUGUAAUCCGGUCUUCCUCCAUUGUUCUUACAUGUCGUAGCCAGUGAAGGCGUCUCUUGCUAAGAGCUGAAAACAUCAUAUAGAUUUUGUCACGUUACAAAAUCUCUUUUUCGCAAACUUGUUCUGUCAUCGAAUGCACAAAAUGCGAAACAGACAUCUUUGGUGGAACAUGUUGAGACUGGAAUAUGUUGUCCACAUUUGACUACCGCAUAUGAGCAAUCUAAGCAAACAUGCUAGAUAGAUGAUAAGUUUCGUACUUACAGUUAUUUUAGGAAUAUUUCCACAUCGAUUUUUUGAUUUAGUUGUUUUGAAGGGAACCAAUGGAAAAAAAUAGGUUUUGCUAUUUUCAAAUAGGUGAUGCUUCUUUGGCAAUCAUAAUAUUCCCGUCUUCACAAACAGACUGUAUUAGAGAUUUUGGAUCCAAGCUAUGUGAUAUUCUCAACUGCUAAUAGAUUAUUGCUCUCAUUAUUUAUAUGUAAAGGGACGGUAAUCUUGCAUCAAGACUUUUGUUUUCUCCAUACUAAUUGACUAUCAAACGCUUUACAUGCGUGUAAGAAGCCGUUAACUGACCGCUGAAGACUGUCUUCUCUGUGCGAUGUAUUUAGGUGGCAUCAACAGUGAAUAGCAGUUCAAUAAUAAGAAUAGCAGUUCAAUAAUAAGUACCUUUCUUUGCCUGCGUCUUUGCACAAAUGCGGGCGAUAUUGAAACGCUUACCCUCAAAUCGGUUAUGGAUAUUAACAGCGACUUUAUUGUCCAUGAAAAUCCUUUGAGAAGAUAAUUGAGAAGAGCGUUGGUGCCAGUAAAUAACCUUGUUUUAAUCAGCUGCUGACUGGGAAUGUCUCAGAUCCCAAGCCACCGAAGUUACUGUGCUGUGCAUUCUUCGUGAAAUGUAUGUAUGACUGUAAGCAGUCAUGGGGGACAACCAAUUUUAUGCUAAUUACUGAACAGUUCACUCGAGCCUACCCAACGGAAUCCCUUGGUCAUAUCUAUGCAAGCAAUGCAAAGAGGCCUUAUCGGUUCACGACGCUUCUCCUGUGUGUGGAAUACAGAGAAUAGCAUUUGUAUAGUUGAAGAAUACUUCAGGAGCCAGACUGGGAACCCUGGGUAGGUGCGGUUAGCAUGAAUCUGUAAUCGUUUAAUAAUUAGACGUGCACAAGUGUUUCCAUAUAAGCCUAACAGAAAAUACUUCGGCUUUUUUUUUUUUUUUGAUAAUCGCUAGGGCCACUUUGUUUUAUACAAUAUUACGAUGUUGGCAUCUUUCGUGUCCUGGGGACCGUGACCUGCCUCCCAACACAUUCAGAGGACCUCAUGUAAGGCUGAAGUAGCAUAUUAUUUUUUUUUUAAUUUUGUUCUUGUUGCUUAUUAUUUUUAUAAUUUUAUUGUUGGAAUAUUUAAAAAGAAUAAUAAUGUAUCUUUUUUUAAAAAAUUAAUCACCAACUACAGCUACAGGGGAUAAAUACGGACACAUUAUCAAGGUUGUUUAUGUCUUGGCAGAUAAGCUAGAGAAUGCAGCUGAGAAUGCUGGUUUGUGAUUAAUUAUUGUUCUUAUUUUUCAAGCCAAUUAUAACAUUUAAUAAAUAAAAUCGAAAUUCAAUAAUAAGUAUUCCUAAAAAAUAUUUAACUGAAAUUAGCCUGACAAUUUAGCAAACAAUGGCAAUGUAUGCAAAACUAAAAAGAAAAGCUGGACAUCCCUUUAAAAAUAGUGUCUUCUCAUAUAAUUUAUAUGAUUUAUAACAUACAUAUUAUGACAAUAUGGAAAAACAAUUUUUUUUUUUAAUUUUCUUACUUGAAGACAACGUAUUAUAAGCAAAUAUAGUAAGAUUAACUGGAAAAAAUGUUUAUCUUUCUUGUCACUACUUGCAUCACCUAGGAGUUGGAUCAAUGAACUUUUGACAAAUGAACGUUUAAGUUGCGUUAUUCUUAGUACGGGCUCAGUGAUAAUAUUUCCUUGUUUAUGUUCUUUGAUAAUAUCAUCUAUGUUUAAUGAAUAUUCAGCUAAAAUAUGUACACUUUUAUUCGAAUAUUGUGAUAAAGUAAAAAAAACAACAAGUUAUUACAUUAAAAUACGUAACUAGCUCUAACAGUAUACUUAUUUUUUAUCUUUAAAAAAUAAUUGCAUUUUUUAAAAAGUAUUGUACAUUUAUAUUAAAAUGUAUACAAUGCGUGACCUAUAAAAAAUAAUUGCAUUUAACUUUUUUCCCCUUCUAAAUACCUUGAUGAAAACUAUUUAUUUAGAAUCUACAUUAACUCAAGUAAAAACAACGAUUUUAAGAAUCUUAAGAAGAUGGUAAGAAAUAUUUUAACGAGGAAGAAUGCUACUGCAAGUUCACCAAAAGUAAUAUUUAACUUUACAGUGGACCUUUACAAGGUGAAUUUGUACAAAAGGGAUGUCUACAAAAGGGUGAGUAAAAAACAUUUUAAAAUAUAA